AUGGUUUGGGUUCAUUAUUCAGGUCUCAGUCUAGAAUAUUGGGAUGAGCAGACUCUUUUUACCAUCGGUAAAGAAUUGGGAGAGCCAGUAAAGGUAGAUGAGGCUACUUUGAAUUUUGAGAAUGGACUAUAUGCAAGAGUACUUAUUAAGAUUGAUUUAGCAAAGAAAAUUACAAAAAAACUAUGGAUUAAAACUAAGUUUGGUGGUUUUAUGCAAAGUUUUUUACUAACAAAGUUGCCAAAAUUUUGUAAUCACUGUAAAAUUGUUGGUCAUGUGCAAGCUGAAUGCAGAGUAAAGACAUCAUCUGAAGUAAAAUCAAGCAAUAAUCAUGUACAACAAAGAACUGCAACACCUAAUAACAAGCCAGCUGAGAAGACAAAUGACAAAGGAAAAAAUUCAAAUAUUGCUCCAACUCCAGAAGCUCAAAAGAAACAAGUGAAGUUUGAUAUAUGUUUUACUCCUGUUACUUUAAUAAGCCAGCAUAUUACAUUACCUCAAGAUCAAACUAUACUUGUUACUUCAGGUAGGUUUGAAACUCUUAAUACUGUUGUUGAAGAGGAGGAAAUAUAUGGAAUAGAAAAUCUCUCUCCAGCAAAGGUACAACAAAUUGAUGAUGAUAAUACAGUGGAGAAAAGUGUAAUCAAUUUCAUCAAUGGCAAAGAUGGUUCCACUUCAGAGGAAAGAAUUCCAACAACUACUUGGUAUAAAAUAAUUCAAAAGCCUUCAUCUUCAGGUACCAAGACAAUUCCAGCAGAUCAACAAAAAGAAGUACCAAACAAGAAUAUGGUGAUUCAUAAUUCAAUUUUAAACAAGAAAGGAAACAUUUGGUUAUUUUGGAAUAAACAUCUACCUACACCAACUGUGGUAUCUAUGUCAAGUCAGAUGAUAACAGUCAACAAUGGAGGCAACCUAGUAUCUGGAGUUCAUGCUCAUGUUGAGGCAGUUCAAAGAAGAAUUUUAUGGUCUGAGAUGGAAGUGAUAAGUGGUUUAAAUCUUCCUUGGAUUUCUAUAGGAGAUUUCAAUGCAAUCACCACAACAGAAGAAAAAACUGGUGGUAGGCCUGCUAAUAUAAAAAAUAUGCUUAAGUUCAAUAAUUUUCUAGACAAAUGUGAAUUGCAGCAAGCUCCAAAAUCUGGAUGUGAAUACACUUGGUCUAAUUGUCAUCAUGGUACCAAAAGGAUUUUGUACAAUCUUGAAAGAGCUGUUGUUAAUAACUUGUGGAUUCAAAAACAUGAUGACUGGAGUUAUAAAGAUGGUUUGAGAAUAGCUUCUGACCAUUCUCCACUUUUGGGUGGGUAUGAGCUGUCCUAA